GCCAUGUAGGUACGACAUAGCAUCUGAAGAUCUGCACACUAUAUACACGAGUGAGGCACGGACAAACGAAGGCGUCUCCCCCAUCUUCAUAACCUUGCUGCGUACCCGUUCUCUCUCACCGACACUAUGUUUGAAUGGUUCAAGAGACCGGAAGCUUCUCGCAAGUACGUUGACUUGAUCAGGGAGGCGUCGUCCAAGUGGGCAAACUGGGAUCCGCCGAAGAUUAUUCAGGCUGGUGACUUUGGCUAUGUCGACAAGGCAACCGGCCUGUUUGAGCGGGCAGGGAAUAUCUACAGCCAUCCCGAGACGGCCAAGAUGGCGGCGAAGUACUCUGUGAGUGUCGGGCCCCCCGAAGACAUCGUGGUCUUCCACUCGUUCUACGCGAGAGAAGUGAAGGGUGGUGCCAAUGUCAAUGCGGGAACUGGGAGCAAUGCGAACGUCAGAUUUGCCGCAGAAAUCAAGUUCGAAAACCAUCGCGCUGCAGUCCUGGUUAUGCACAAUCCGCGUAUGAGUGUGGUGCCAGAUGAGCUCUACCAGGAGACUUUGGACGACGCGUCUCUCAAGGCUUUCUUCCAAGAUAAGAAGCUUCUACUGGUUAUGGAAUCAUUCGUCUGUGACGGUUAUUUCAUGUACCUGUCGAGCAAAAAGGCGGAGUCCGUUCAUGUAAGCCUGAACGCCGACGUCAUCCCCGGGGGACUCUCUGCAGGCGCAAACGCCUCUUGGGCAACCGAAGGAGGUUCGGGAACGUUCCGUAGAGGCUACCGGAAAGCUGAGGAGGACACGUUCACACCACUGUAUCGCCUCAAGGCCAUUCAGCCACCGCCCCGUAAACGGCGCGAAAGCCCUGACCCCAACGCAGUCGAAGGAGAUCGCUGGGAUGAUGUAGACGUUCCCUGGGACGCCCUCGACUCUGACGGAGAGGAAGAGCCAGAAGACGAGUUCUCAGAUGCUGAGUGAAACCUCGAUGGGUCGCCUUCGUAUAUGUACUACACGAUGUCUUGCCCCUGGUGAAUUUGCUCCCACCCGUCUCAAUAAUGCAAACUGUUUUCGCCUGAGCGGAAGCGUAAAGUUCUGCCCGCCACUCACAAUUCGUCAUGGCAAGGAGGCGCUUGGUCCGAGAUAGAC